CAUCGUCCUGCAAAACGAUAUACUCCAAAUUCAACCGUUGUGUGAUUGUAAUCCUGAAUCUACUCUAAACUGUUUGAUAGUUGUUCAUGGGAACGCCUAUCAGACACUAUUCGAGGUCACAUACGUUGUUUGUUAGCGUUAGAAAUCACCUGCGUCCACAAGACUCUCCAAACGAAAGCGCCAAAGUAAGCAGAUGAUAAAAUAGUCAGCUAAAUCAGCUAAGCUAACUACCUAGCUUGAAGCAUGCCGAAUUUUUGCGCGGCCCCUAACUGUACACGGAAGAGCACACAGUCAGAUUUGGCAUUUUUUCGGUUUCCACGGGACCCUGAGAGAUGCCGAAUCUGGGUAGAGAACUGCCGCAGAGCAGAUCUAGAGGCGAAAACAUCAGACCAGCUGAACAAGCACUACAGAUUAUGUGCCAAACACUUCGACCCAGCAAUGGUUUGUAAAACGAGCCCCUACAGGACUGUAUUGAAGGAUACAGCCAUUCCAACCGUGUUUGACCUGACAAGCCAUCUAAAAAAUCCUCAUACCAGACAUCGCAAGCGGAUUAAAGAACUUACUGAAGAAGAUUUAAGGAAGAUUAAAGAAAGGCGAUUGGCAUCUUCCAUUGAACAGCUUUCCUCCAAAAAAGAUGCCGCCAUUGAGGAUAGCACGAGCGCCAACGAGGAUGAACCGCAACUGUCCACAGAGGAGAAGGAGUUCCGCGAAUACCUGCGAUCCCUGUUUGAGGUUGUGGUCAUGUUAGGGAAACAGAGUAUCCCAUUAGUGACUGGCAAGGCGUCUGAAGCCGAACACGUGUCCAACAACUUCCAGGCCGUUCUAGAUUACCGCAUGAAUGCCGGAGAUGAAGCUUUGAGGAGGCGCUUUCAGGCGACCGCUGUGAACACAGAAUACCUGUGUGCAGUCCAGCAGAGCCAGCUGUUGGACGUCUGUGAGAAUACAGUGAGAGAGGAGAUGCUGAUGGAGGUGAGGGAGAGUCGCUUCUUCUCCCUAGUGACGGGUGGCCUGGUCGAAUUUGCCGACGAGAAACACCUGCCUCUGUUUUUACGCUUUGUGAAUCAGCACAACGUCCUGCGAGAGGAGUUUUUGGACUUCAUGUCGUUUGGCGGGGAUGAGGCUGCGCUGGUGGAGAGGCUGGAGGCCCACCUGACUGACCGUUGGGGGCUCAGCAUGGAGGACUGCCGUGGUCAGGCCCACAAGGCCACCGGGACGUCCACCACCAAGAUGAAAGCUGUGGCAGUAUUACUGAUGGAGAAGUAUCCCCUGGCACUGCAUCUGCCUUGCUCUCAUACGGCACUGAACAUCCACCUGGCCAACAAUCUUCCUUUUCCCAAUGUCCAGGUCGUCAUGGAGACUCUGCGAAGGAUCGGCGCUUUCUUCACGACCCCGUUUACUCAGGACGAGCUCGGAGCCAUCUAUACUCACUACCAGAAAAACGAAGAGAAAGGAACCGCGGUGAAGGAAGCCUCCGGCCCAGGAUGGACCGAGCAGCACAACGUGUUUGAUGUGCUGCUGGAUAUGUUGCCGGCCCUGCUGCUGUGCAUGGACCGCAUUCGGGACAACGGCGACGGCAAGUUUGCCGACGCCGUCGCAGCAGACGCGUACGCAGUCACGGAAACCCUGUCCGACUUUGAGAUCGUCGUCACCGUCGUCAUCCUGAAGAAUGUCCUCACCUUCACCAGAGCCUUCGGGAGGAAUCUCCAAGGGGAAACGCUCGACGUGUUUUUCGCCGCCAACAGUCUAACCGCCGUGCUGCAUUCGCUAAACGAGGUCAACGACAACAUCGACGUCUACCACGAGUUCUGGUACGAGGAGGCCGUGAGCGUGGCCAACGUGAUGGGGGUUCCCGUGAAGGUGCCGAGGCUGUUUCUCCGGAAACAGCGUGCAGCCGACGUGGGCGAAAUCCAAGCCGAGGCGUACUUCAAGGAGUACGUGACGGUGCCCGUUAUCCAUGGCGUCAUGCAGGAGGUGGAGGACAUGUUCUCCGAGACCAACCUCAAAGCCCUUAAGUGCCUGUCGCUGGUCCCGGCCGUCAUGGGCCAAAUGAAGUUCAACACCACCGAGGAGAACUACGCCGAAGUCUACCGCAACGACCUGCCCAACCCGGACACGCUGCCCGCCGAGCUUCACUGCUGGAGAAUCAAGUGGAAGCACAGGGGCAAAGAGGUGCGCCUGCCCACCACCAUCCACGAAACCCUUCAGCUGCCAGACGUCAAGUUCUUUCCCAACGUGAACUCCUUCCUCAAGGUGCUCGCCGCCCUGCCAGUUCUGAAGCUGGAGGACGGCAAAAGUGACACGGCGAGCGAGCGGCUGCAGGCUUAUCUCGACAGCACGCCCGCCGAGCAGUGGAACAAGAGUCUCGCGAUGCUCAACAUUAACACUCGCGUCAAACACGACCUGGAUGUCAUGGUAGACAAAUAUUGCAGACUCUAUUCAGAGGAUGAUCCUGAACCUGAACCCGAAGCCGAAGCAGAGGCCGAGCCCGAGCCCGAGGAAGUGGCUGAGGAAGAUGCUGCGAUGAAAUGAUGUGGCACGGACACUGAAUUCGCUAAAGGUGUUCUGGGACAAAAAGAAAAGAAAUGUAUGUUAUCAGUCAUAAAUGCAUCCUCCCUCAUUUAUGUUUUGGUGUACGUACACCUAGAUAUACGUACUGAGGAUUUUAACGCAGAGGAUUACAGGUAACGGAUGCCAUUUGUGUUCAGUCCCUGAGGUUUCCAAGAAAAAAAAGAAAUGGCCCUUUUUCUUAUUGUAUGUUGUUAAAACAAUACCUCAUGGAGACUCAAUAAAAAAAAAGUGCAACACCACAAAAUGUUUGGAGAUGUAAGACUGUCAGGGGCGCGAUCUGUAAAUAUUCAAAGUUCUGAGUCCUUGUCAGGCUGUUUUUUAACAUGACUAGCCUCCUCUGUAAUGAUGCUGUGAUCUUAAGGAAAGUAUUUUGUAGCCUUUUUAUUUUAUUUGUUGCAUUUGGUAGAUGCGUUUUCUUUUUGUAAAAACCGUAACGGCCAUAAGCGUCUCAUUCACUAUUAACUUUUCUCCAUCGUGGGCUUCUGAUUGACAUGAGGAAGCCAGGUGGCCCUGUUGAUUCCUCUCCACUGACUGUGAGGCAGAAGGAGCACAAGAGGGAGCAGUUACACCAAUAUCAGCUGUUCUGUAAAUUCAUGCUCAGUGAGAAGACAUUUCUUUUCAUAAACAAAAAGUGUAUACUGCUGGUGUGACAUAUUUUGGAUAGUUAAAAAAGGCCAGUAUGUUGAAAGUAUACAUGUACAUUUAAAGGGUACAUUCACAUUGACACAGCAUUUGAUCAAAUCAAGAAAAGAAAAAAAUUUGACACAACUCUGAAUGUAGAAGUAUUUUUAUGUUAUUGUGGUCAAUAUGUAGGCUAUGGCAAGAUGGGGCUUUUUUU